AUGGUGGCAGCAGACGCUUUAGUUUCCAUCUCAUCAUCUCAUAUGCAUAAUCUUCCCGGCAAUGCUGCUGAUAAUCUUCAAGAACAUGCCACUUGUCACCAGUCAGAAGCUUCACUCACUGAUUCCCUUCACUGGCUUGCAGAUAUAAUCUCUUCAUAUAAGGGUGAUAAUGAGAAAGAGACCGUAGAAGUUUCAAUGGGUAAGGGCAAUUCCUUUCAAGAAGAGCUUAUUCAUGAUGGGGUUGAUUACUUUGAGUUCAUGACGUUAAAUUUGGUUGAAGGCAGGGUAGAGGACUAUUGUUGUAAGCCUCAGACUUUGGAAAACCCAAAAGAUGAAAACACCUUGCCAAGAAAGCAUAGGAGAGGUCAAACAAGGAGAGGGAGGCAACGCAAAGACUUCCAAAGAGAUAUACUUCCUAGUCUUACAUCUCUUUCACGGAAUGAGGUGACUGAGGACCUUCAAACAAUUGAAGGGCUGAUUAAGGCAACUGGCGGCACUUGGCAGUCACGUUUGGUCCACAGAAAUUCUGUUCUUGUUGGGUAUUUUAGGACAGGUCACUUUGAUGAAGUUCUUAGACGGUAUUCAAAUUUGAGACAAUGGAAUAUUGGUUUGAAUAGUUCGGCCAUUACAUUUAGUUUGAAAAGUUGUAUUGAGCUGGGAAGUUCAGAAUUUGGAAGAGGGGUUCAUGUGGAUGCUUUCAAGUUUGGGUUAAAUGGAGAUAGGUUCGUGGGUUCGUCGCUUAUUGGGUUGUAUUGUAGACAUGGAGAUAUUGAAGACGCAUCUAGAGUGUUUGAUGAAAUAACUGAAAAAGAUGUUGUGGCUUAUACAUCAAUGAUCACUGGGUAUGCUCAGUGCAGUGAUCACCGUGGAUUUGAGCCUUUCUGGCUGGCUCGUUGCAUGCAGAAGCAACAAUUAGAUCCUAAUCGGGUGACUUUGGUGAGCUUACUUAAAGCUGCGGCACUAUUGGAAGCUCUAGAAGAGGGUCGUUCUAUCCAUGCUUAUGCUAUAAGAAGAAGCAUUGGUUGUUCUGAUGAAGUCUUUGAAACUAGUCUUAUGGACAUGUAUAUCAAAUGUGGGGCCCCAAGAACAGCGGCAUGCAUCUUUGGAAAAAUGGAGUUUAAAACAGUUGGUUCUUGGAAUGCAAUGAUUGCUGGUCAUCUGCAAAUGAAGCAGCCCUUGGUGGGUUUCAACCUCUUCUGUGAAAUGGUGGAAGAAAACCUCCUACCUGAUUUGAUAACUUUAGCAAAUGGGAUUUUGUGUUGUGCUAACUUGAAGUAUUUGCGUCAAGGAAAGAGCAUUCAUGGAUACAUAAUUCGAACAGGAGUUCACCUGGAUUUGGUUGCCAUCACUGCCUUGGUCGAUCUGUAUUCUAAAUGCAACAACUUAAUCCAAGCCAGAGAAUUGUUUGACAGCAUGGAGAAAAGGGAUUCUGUUUUAUAUAAUGUGAUGAUGGCCGGUUAUCUCCAAAAUAAGUUAGCUUGUGAAGCUAUAAGGACUUUUAUUGAAAUGGUUGGAACGGGUAUUAAACCAAAUAUAAGUUCCAUUCUGAGUGUUCUUUCUGCGUCCUCUGAUCUGAAAGAAAUAAAACGAGGCAGGUGUAUCCAUGGAUACAUGUUAAGACAUGGGUUUGACUGGAGCACUGAAAUUGUCAACCAAAUCAUUUCUAUGUAUGCAAAAUGUGGUCUUAUGGUCUAUGCGAGGCAAGUCUUUAACAGGAUAAAAUAUAAGGACCUGAUCUCUUGGACUUCAAUGAUGAUGGGUUAUAUUAUUCAUAGGCAUGCAGAUGAAGCCAUUAUCUUGUUCCGGCUGAUGCAAAGAGAAAAACUAGAACAUGACUCAGUCACUGUAAUUAGUCUGCUUCAGGCAUUUUCUCAGCUUUCAUCUGUAAGUUUAGCAACGGAAGUUCAUUGUCACUUGUAUCGAGUUCACAUGGACAGAGAGAUACCUGUAAUCAAUUCUCUUAUCACUACUUAUGCCAAGUGUGGUAGCUUAGAUAUGGCCAGAGAUGUGUUUGAGCACAUGAGUGAGCGGUGUUUGACAUCAUGGAACACAAUGAUAGCUGCUUAUGCUAUGCACGGUAACUGUGUGGAGGUGCUAAAACUAUUUGAUCGAAUGAAAGAAGAGAAGGUCGAGCCCGAUGAGGUAUCCUUUACGUCAAUACUCACUGCUUGCAGUCAUUCAGGCCUGGUGGAAGUGGGUCUGCAAGUUUUCAGGUCCAUGACCGAAGAAUAUAAUAUGGUUCCAUGUGAAGUACAUUACAGUUGUAUGGUAGACUUAUUGAGCCGUGCAGGACGGCUUGAGGAAGCAUCUGAAAUGGUUAAGUGCCUGCCAUCAAGAAAAAGUACUUCGGCACUUGGUGCUUUGCUUGCAGCUUGUAGAGUACAUAGAAAUACAGAAAUGGGGGAGGUUAUAGGGAGGCAACUGUUGGAACUGGAACCUGAGAAUUCAAGCUCUUAUUCUUUGGUGUCUAAUUUAUAUGCAGAAAGUGGACAAUGGGAUGAAGUAGUCAGAAUAAGAACCAUUGUAGAGGAUAAAGGCUUGAAAAAGAUACGUGGGCAUAGUCUGAUUGAGAUAGCUAGAUAA